CUCCACUUCCCGUGUCGUCAUCAACAUGCGACCAAACCUAGAGCGAGAAGUGGGAGAUUCGAAGUAGCAAAACAAGCAACAGUAAUUUAAUAUUUCAUUAAACAAAUGCCAUCUACGAUUAGUUAAAAACGAAAAGUAAAACCACGACAUUAGGAGUAAGCAUGGCAACCCCCAGUAAGACCCCGCCGGGUUCUGACCCCAAGCAGCUGGAGAGGACCGGGACGGUCCGGGAGAUCGGCUCUCAGGCGGUGUGGUCUCUGUCUUCCUGUAAACCAGGUUUUGGUGUGGACCAGCUGAGAGAUGAUAACUUGGAGACAUACUGGCAGUCUGAUGGAUCCCAGCCACACCUAGUCAACAUCCAGUUUAGGAGAAAGACUACAGUGAAGAUGUUGUGUAUGUAUGCAGACUACAAGUCAGACGAGAGCUACACCCCCAGUAAGAUCUCUGUCAGAGUCGGAAACAACUUCCACAACCUGCAGGAGAUCAGACAGUUAGAGAUGGUAGAGCCUAGUGGUUGGAUCCACAUCCCCCUUCUGGACACAGUCAACAACCCCAUCAGGACGUUCAUGAUCCAGAUAGCUGUGUUAGCCAACCACCAGAACGGCAGAGACACGCACAUGAGACAGAUCAAGGUGUAUACCCCCGUCGAGGAGAGCUCCAUCGGCAAGUUCCCAAGAUGCACCACGGUCGACUUCAUGAUGUACCGCACCAUCAGAUGACACUGAGGGGUUCCGGGGUUCUGGGUGGAACUUCUCAGGGUUCCGACUAGAACUUUCCAGAGUUCCGGGUGGGAACCCUUAAGUGUACAGUGUUGACAAAUAAGGGAAUUGGAAUGUUGAGUUUUUAAAUUGAAAUAUUAUUCUAAUUUUCAAGUUAACCUGAAAUCCUUUUCAUUUAGUUUACAUGGAGCCCUUACAUGGCACCCUAUUCUCUAUAUAUAGUGCGCUACUUUAGACCGGGACCCCUACGGGUGUUCCUUUGGACCCUUGUCAAAUGUAGUGCACUAUAUAGGGAAUAGGUUGCCGUUUGGGCAGCAAUCUGUGUUAUUGAUGUUGUUAAUUCCAUAUUAGUCUGACGGUCUCUCUUUCGGUUGGUGUCUGAUGUAAAGAUGAUUUGAAGACUUCAAUGAGACCAUGUUAAGGGUCGUGGUUUGAGGCCUCCAAAAAACACAUGUUUACUACCCGUGUGACUAGACCUGCUGUCUGUACUGACUAGGAAUGAAUGUCAAAUGUAUGUUUCUCUCUCUGUCUGUUGUUGAAUUAAAUGUGUUUUGAGUUUGA